CAAUGCCAACUGACAGUCUAUACAUAUUAGUCAAAGCCCUUCUAUAUCUGAAAAACGGUAUUGCGAAAACUCUCUAUUGACUUUACACUGCCCUAGCGCACAUGAUUGUUAAAAGAUACAUAACCUGUUAUUUGUCACAUUUUAUAUUUAAUAAGUUUUACUGAAAAUUUAGUGCAAAAUGGCUAGUGUCGGUAUUAUUGAUAGUGUAAUUUCUACACUCGACAACGUUGUGUCCUUGAAACACUUACAAACUGAACAAAAUGUUGAGAAUCUAAAGGACAUUACAAAACGUCUUUACGAUUUCACAAAGGAGCAAUCUUGCAGAAAAUCAGAUGCAUUGCCUGAAUUAAUUAUAAAAAACUUUGAUUAUGAACAAAUUUGGCAGCAACUAGAGUUGCAAAACAAAAGCGAAUUAAUGCAUUUUUCAGAAGGGAUCUCAAAAGUUCUGACUGGCGUUAAAAAUUUUAUAGUUCCAGUGACUUCUACAAAACCUGAAGCAAUUCAACUUAAGCAUGAUAAUUUAAACCAUAGUAAUGAAGACUUGUCUGAUGAUAGAAAAUCAGAUGAUAGAGAUAUAAAGUAUCUUAAAGGGACUAAAAGUAUCUUAAAGAAAAAAAAACUUGAUGCAAAGAAGAAAAAGAAAAAAUCCUCUAUUGUGGAUGAUAAAUUCUUCCGGUUACAAGAAUUAGAUGAGUACUUAACCAAAGAAGAGAGAAAAGAGAAGCAGGGAAGGAAGGAUAAUGCAUCUGAUGACGAAUCGGUGGAUUUAUUUAAUGAUUUCUCCGAAGAGGAAGAUGAGGAGAAAUAUUUGAAGUAUGUCGACUUUUUUGAUAGUCCUUUAACUGAGGAGUCUGAGGAAGAAGGAUGUGAUAAUGAAGAUGAAGAAUCAGAUAGUGAAGAGGAAGAAGAAGAGCCAUCAAGUAAAAAGGUGAAAUUCAACCUCACCAAUGACUCUGAUGAGACUGACAGUUUGGAGAAUGCAAUAGAACAUGGAAAAGAAGACAAAGAAGAUCUAGAAGAGACAGGGCCAAAGUCUUCUUUAGAGUCUCGUCAGGAAAGGCUGCUGAUGAGAAUUCGGGAAUUGGAGGAAGAAGCUGUCGGCGAGAAACCGUGGCAAUUGAAGGGUGAAGUAAGCGGCCCUAAUCGUCCGCAGAAUUCCUUACUGGAGGAGUUUGUGGAGUUUGAUGUCACUACGAGGCCUGCUCCUGUGAUCACCGAAGAGACCACAUUAAAGCUGGAAGAUAUAAUUAAACAGCGGAUCAAGGACAAGGCCUGGGAUGACGUUGAAAAAAAGUUUAAACCAGUCGAGACCCCAUUGGAAUAUAAGCAGACGUUGGUGAUGGAUCAACAGAAGAGCACGAAGAGUCUUUCACAAAUCUAUGAGGACGAAUAUCUAAAGCAAAAACGAGCCUUAGAUCCAGAAAACGAGGAACAGAAGGAAGUGAUGCCGGAGUUGCAUUACGAAAUCCGGAGAGAAAUGCGUAAACUGAUAGCAAAGUUAGAUGCGUUGUCCAAUUAUCAUUAUACUCCUAAGCGGAUUAAACCUGAGAUAAAGAUCAUCAGCAAUGUACCAGCUGUAAAUAUGGAGGAAGUGGCGCCUGUUGCGACUAGUGAUGCUGCUAUGUUAGCACCUGAAGAAGUUAAAGCUAAAUCGCGUGGCAAUGUUAUCGGUAAAUCGGAGAGGACGAAAACCGACAAGAAGCGCGAAAGAAGACAGAAGAAAUCGAAACAACGAGCUAAACAGAAAGUGAUGGAAGAAAAAGAGAAGUCAAAAAUGCUAAAGCCUGGAACCGCUAAAAAGUACAAAAAAGAGAAGGCCGCGUUACUGAAAAAGCUGACUAAAGACAGAAACAUCACGAAAUCAAACGAAACGAGCCAGAAAAUCAAGUCCUCUACUGCAUUCUUCACGCAGUUGCAAGACGAAGUCAAAAGCCAUAUCAAAGUGAAAGCUGGUUCUAUGUCCAAGAAAAAAGAUAAGAAUGCAAUGUCGGCUGCAAAACUGAAAUUGUAGUUUUUAAGUUGGAGUUAUAAUGACUUUUGUAAAUACAGUUUUCUUGUAAUACUGAGAACUUUUGAUUCCAUUGUUUCUAUUAUCUUAAAAUAUUCUAGCUAUAAUAUGCUUCUAUUGUCGUAAUCACAAGGAAUGUAAAGAGAAUAUUGUAAUUAAAGAAAUCGUAGCAACGUAAACACGUAAUGUGUAUGAUACAUAUGUACGUACACUAAAAGUAUUUUCUUACAGCUUUAUUGCGUGAGAGAUAUAUGUAUGCAUUUAUAGGGCAACACCCUGCAUUUUUUAAAUGAUGUUGCCAUUUUUCUUCUUCUUGCGGAGUUAUAAUAUGGGUGAAUAUUGUGCAAAGGAAUAUAUAACAAUGGAUGAGGGAUUUAUAAAGUGAUCUUUCUCUCUCGCACUCUCCCUCUCUGACAAAUCCGUACUUAAUAUCGAUGUACAGAUAUUGAUGCCCGCGUACAGGCCCAAUAUGCUAGUUAUUGUCAAAGUGAUGGUACUACUUCUGCCACGAUGUAGGAUAAUUUAAAAAAAAUGAAUCGUGCGUAUAUAUGUAUAGUUCAUAUAUUAGUGAAAAAUGUUCCCAAUUCAUCAUGAUAUGCUGCAAUUUCGUUUUCAUGUGCUCGUCGAAAUUUGCUAAAACACGUACAAACGCGCUAAGUCACACGUGGUUACUUAUAAAUGCAAUUAUUCGUAUGUGUAACAUUAUCUAUAUAUUUUUUUCUUUAAGAAUAUCUAAAAACGGUGUCUUGCACAGAGAAGCAAAGGUGGAUUACACAAGUAGUUUUUGUACAUUGUCAAUGUUUCGAACGAUUUCUUGUCGCGUGUCGUUUUUAUGAUUGCACUGUUUAUAAUUACAAAGAUCUAAAUUAAAAUAAUUAAGCUAAUCUUACGAAUCUAAUGAUAAGCUGGUAUUAAAAUUACCGUGAUUUAUGUAGAUUUGAUUGAGAACCUUUUUUUAAAAAUACUUUUUCUUAUAUCGUUUAGAGUUUACAUCUCCGUUAUUUUUAGCCUCCCGUUUUGUCGUUAAAUAUUCACUGAAUCGCAUGAUACCAUUGAAAUUGUCAUGUAAAUUAAAAUUACGCCGUUUGACUUGUAUAAUAAGCACAGAUCGGAUGCUACAUAUUUUUAGAACACCCGCAGCAAGGCCGCGAAAUAUCCAUAUCUUUAGGCGUUUACACGUUACUCACGCUAAUUAUCCAACUGAAUCGUUUGAGUGCCAAGGAGCGCGAUCGCGCUCUUUCGUUUUACAUCCAAAAAUGCGGACGAGUGCUGUCGCGCUCCUCUUGUCCCCGCAUGAGAAGAUUUGUAACAGGCGCUAUCGCACAACCCCUUCUCCAGUUUCACUUGACGUUGUUACGCAAUUGUUACUUAGCGAUUUUGAGAAUCAUGUAAUUUUUGAACGCAUUAGGCCUACUGCUCUGCGUGGCAUUUUGGAUCAUAUAUUUUUGUGACCUCUAUCGGCACUCAAACGAUUAAUAAACAACGCAGUACUUUCAAAUACCGCAUACAUAUGUAUACAUCUUAUUUCGUUUUAUUUUCACCGCCUCAAACGGAUUCGACGGAUUUGGAGCCAGUCUCCUGUUGAGAGAUAUUUUCGUUAAGGUUGGACUCCAAAUUCAUCGAAAUGUUGAAAAGUUGUCGGACUGACAAAAACGGAGCGCAGUUCGCAUGUCAAUUGCAAUCUCCUGACCGGUUAUCGCGUUUACAGUGUCACAGAGUACAAAACUUACACUCUCAUAGAGUACAAGUGUGAAAUGCUCGCUUGAAUGCUUUGCGUCGAACGGCAUGGGAUAACCCAUCUGUGCGUAUUAUAAUUAUUUCGAGCCCUAAUUCACGGUGAACGCUCUUGUCAUGAAGGUACAGUCGCACUUUGAUGUUUUAAUGGCACUUCCACAGUGAAACCAUACAAUUUCGACAACUACGUCGUGCAAAUGAAUUUUUGUACAAUCUAACGAUCAUACCGGCGCCCUGAUACCCACGACAGUGAACCAAACUUCUCUUCCAUACAUAUACAUGCGUAAUAUGUAAAUAACCCGGCAGACUAGGCUUUCCUAAUCCCAGUGCGAUCUUUUGCAUAAAGUCUAUAUAUUAGCAGUGCUAAAUUACUAAAGAGGUCUUCUACUUUGGUAGGUCAAGCAAAUCAAUUUUUUUGUUUCUCAUCUUUGAGAGAUGUAAUGUCCUGACAAUACACAUUUCAAAUUUCAUUGAAUAUUUCGUAAAAUUUACGAAGCUGCUAUAUCGAAUGGCAGCUAACAAAGACAGAUUGAGCAAAAUUAAUAAAAAAUUUAACAGUGUUACUAUGUGGCUUAGCGAGGAAACUGAAGUUUUACUUUAUGACAUUGAAACGAGCUAUUGUAAAAUGUGUGAAAUGUGGAACAUUUUUCGAGUCGCCAA